AUGUCGGAAAAUACUGCUUGGCCGCCUGCAAAUGGACUCUGCUCGCCAACAGUCCCACGCAAAGACGCCGUCUUCAGCUUCUCCCACUCCUUGGCCAUUGCCGCGCCUGCGUCUGAGGUCUUUGAGCACGUACUACACAUAGCAGACUACGAGAAAUGGAAUACCUGGGUGCCUGUGGUGAAGAUAGUCCAGCAGCCCAGUCCUGAGGACGACUUCAGUCAUAUGCGAAAAGGCACCAUCAUGGAGUUUCACGUAAUCAUGGACGCGGGAAAGCCUUCCAAAACAACGACAACCGGCUUGUUGGUCACCGACAUCUCGACUCCUGAGCAGCCCACCGAGUAUAUUGAUCAAGAGACACGAGAAAAGGAUGGAUCGUAUUCUGCAGAUCUAAACAAGGUCUACAGGGUAUCGUGGAAGACUCAUGGCGGUUUUGCUUCGAGAGGUCUCAGAUCAGAGAGAUUUCAUGAGAUCAUUGCAAGAGGAGAAAAUCAAUGCGAACUCAGGACUUGGGAAGUUAUGGGUGGCUUCCUCGCAUAUACCGUCAAGUGGAUGUUCCAGAAGACUCUCGAUGACAAGUUCGAGCUGUGGUGCGAGGACUUGAAGAAGUACAGCGAGGCAAAGGCAGGAGCUACGGUGUGA